UCAGAGUAAAUACAUUUGACCACGUAAACAAAACCCAAAAAAAUUCUAUAUUCAACCCACACGAAAAAAACAGUUUGAAUUAGAAAAACUUGGCCUCCCCUUCCUUCGUGGCUGUUUCUCGCUUUCCAUUUUCCAUGGCAAACCUUACUCUACCAAAUAACCAACACAUCACUCUCGAAUGAGGACUUCAAGAAAAUUCUCCAAUGACGACUCCUGCUUCUUCUAGUUCUAACAAACCUUCUUCUCCGAAUCAAGGGAAGGGGAAGGGACAAUCGAUUCAGCAGCGGAGGUUGACGAGGCAGAAGAGGCUGUUUUACCCUAGCGAUCAAGACGGUGAAGGGUUUCUUUCGACGGAAGGUGUUUCGUUUUCGUUGCCAGGGUCGCCUUUGAGGUCUAGCUUGGAUCAUUGGUCUUGUUCCGCUGUUCCGUUGCCGCUUCCGUUGCCGGAAUCGCCGUUGACUCGACGGCCGGAUCAUCAUGCUGCGUUACCGUCUUCCAGAAAGACGGGGGAUCAUGAUGCUGUGAGAAGUUCAAGGUCUUCCAGCAAUUUAGGUAGAUCCUUUUUUGCCACGGUGACUGGAAAUGCAAAGAAUGAUUUAAGAGUCAAUAUUCCUCCUGUUAGAAGCUUGGUGACAAGCAACAGCUCUUGUAAAGAUACUAGAAAACAUUCUCAUGACAAUGAGUGUGAAGGUCUUGCGAAUGGGAAGUUGCAAUUUGCUGCUAGGAGUGCCCCAACAAGCAUAUUCUCCAGUCCUGUUACUAGUCCGCGCAGAUUAAGCAAUGUAGAAUUAUUUGAUCCUUCCAUCAAUUUUCCUCAAGAUUUUAAUGACAUUUUGAGGCUGCCUAAAACUUCUCAUAGUCCAGACUUGUCUCCUCGUCGUAGCUUGGGGAACCACAGUCCUAAACACCACCACACUAUUCAAGGAGGAUCUCAUUCUCACCAAUCUAAAUUUUGCACUAGGGUGUGGCCGGAAAAUAACCAUGCCGAUGCACAUCCAUUGCCUCUUCCACCGAGAGCUUCACCACAGCCACAACAAUCCCCUUCACAUUCACAACAUCAAUCAAGUGCCACAACGCAUCACUCAACAGAAAAUUUCCAUUCAAUGAAGGGUCAAUGGCAGAAAGGAAAACUAAUCGGACGAGGAUCAUUUGGAAGUGUUUAUCAUGCAACAAACCUAGAGACUGGAGCCUCAUGUGCCUUGAAAGAGGUAGAUCUGUUUCCUGAUGAUCCUAAAUCUGCUGACUGUAUAAAGCAACUCGACCAGGAAAUCAGGAUUCUUGGUCAGCUAAACCACCCCAACAUUGUACAAUAUUAUGGCAGUGAAGAAGUUGGUGAUCGAUUGUGCAUAUAUAUGGAAUUUGUCCAUCCUGGAUCACUUCAGAAGUUUAUGCAAGAACAUUGUGGGGCUCUGACAGAAUCUGUGGUUCGCAAUUUUACGAGGCAUAUUCUCUCUGGAUUGGAGUACCUACACAGUAACAACACUAUCCACAGGGACAUUAAAGGUGCAAACUUGCUAGUUGAUGCAUCAGGCAUUGUCAAGCUUGCAGAUUUUGGGGUGUCGAAAAUUCUGACAGAGAAAUCAUAUGAACUUUCACUGAAAGGAAGUCCCUAUUGGAUGGCUCCAGAGCUCAUGAUGGCUACCAUGAAGAAAGAAAGCAAUCCCAACGUCGCCAUGGCUGUUGAUAUAUGGAGCUUAGGAUGCACAAUCAUCGAAAUGCUGACAAGUAAACCCCCUUGGAGCGAGUAUUCAGGGCACCAAGCCAUGUUCAAGGUACUGCACAGAUCCCCAGACAUACCCGAGACUUUAUCUCCAGAAGGCCGGGAUUUCCUUGAGCAGUGUUUCCAAAGGAAUCCUGCAGAUCGACCAUCUGCAGCGGUGCUUCUAACACAUGCCUUUGUACAAAAUUUGCAUGAUCACGAAGUUAUAGUCCAUUCACUAGACUGCCAUAAAGAACACACCACAGUUCAUUCACAAGGAUUUCAAAAAGAAGAAGACUCUGGACCCAAAGAUGAAUCUCGUAAGCAAAGUCCAGGACACAGUUCAAAAAAUAGCCGCGGUAUAGUGCCAGCCUCCUUUGGUGCACGAUUUUUUUGCAAAAUUCAAAGUUUGAUCGGUGACACUUCCAAAAAAGCUAAUACCGAGGAAUCUAAUCACAUUAGAUCUUCUCCUGUAUCUCCUCGUCCGCGGACAGAAACUAACAGUCCUCAAUCUCCCUUUAAAUCUAACAACCGCAACUGCAUGACUGUUACCAAAUCCUCCAACAUACCCUUCACCGUUAUGAGAUUCGUGAAGCACCUGUGAAGCAUCUCAUCAGCUGAGAUUUCAUUUACAUUGAGACAGAGACUGGUGCAUGAAUUUCUUCUGAGAUUUCAUCAGCAGUCUUACUGGAUGUAUUGGUACUUACCAUUGCAGGCUAGAAAUUCGCGAAAAUAAAUGGAAGAGAAGGAUCGCAUUCAUUUGCUGUUGUUAUGUAUGUAUAUGAGAAGGCUAGGUUAGACUGGUUAGUUGAACCUACUCAACAAGAGAAAUUCACAUGUAAAAUUUAAUUUAUUAUUAUAUUUUUUAGACACA